AUGAAGAUGGUUGAUAUAAAGGCCUGGGCUGAGUAUGUUGUGGAUUGGGCUGCCAAGGACCCAUAUGGCUUCCUUACAACAGUUAUUUUGGCCGUUACACCAUUGUUUCUAGUAAAUGCCAUAGUGUCCCAGAAAUUGGUCAAGAUGAUUGAGGCCAGGGAAAAGGACCAAAAGAAGAAACAAAAAUGUCAAGAAAAUAUUGCAAAAGCUAAAUAA